AAAAUACGAUAUCGGAGGUUACGGGAUUCCGAUUGGGUCGAUGAACUCGAGGUUUUAGGAUCAGGGCUUUACAGUUCAAAUCGCGGUGGAAAUCACCGCCUUUAGAGAAGAUGACGGUACGAUGCUUCGCCAAUUCUUUCCUCCUAUCCUACACCCACCACCCCCACGAGCAACCUCUCUCCUCGCCCAAAUCCCCUUCACAUCCACCGCCGACCCAAAAUGGUCGCCAUCGUAUUCAUCCCCCUACUCCUUCGUCCAAAUCCUCUCCUCCGCCGCCAAAUCCUUCUCUCUCUCAACUGGACAACAAACCCAUUCCUCCAUCUUGAAGCUCGGUCUCAUCUCCAAUGUCUUCAUCAGCACUGCCCUCCUCGAUCUAUAUUCGAAAUGCUGCAGAUUCUCCGAGGCCCAGAAACUGUUCGAUGAAAUGCCUCAACGAAACUCAGUCACUUGGAACGCCCUCAUUUACUCCCAUUCCCAGUCCCCGAAUCCAACCCACGCCUUGAAAUCAUUCAAGGAGAUGAUCUUACUUGGGUUUUCUCUGACCCCUUUCAGCAUCUCAAGCGUUCUCGUUGCGUCCUCGCAUAUUGGGGAUUUGAGAACUGGGGAAAUGGUUCAUUGUGUUGGGGUUAAGCAUGGGGUUUGCUCUAAUUUGGUUGUGGGUACUUCGUUGGUUGACGUGUACUCUAGAUGUUGCGAUGUUUGCAGUGCGAGGAAAGUGUUUGAUGGAAUGGGUGAGAGAAAUGUGAUCACUUGGACUUCGCUGGUUACUGGUUACGCAUUGGAUCAAAGACCACAGGAAGCCAUGAGCUUGUUUAGAGAGAUGAAGAUCCAAGGAGUUCAAAUGAACAGAGUAACUUAUAAUAGCCUACUCACUUCGUUCACUGUGUUUGAAGAUCUCGGUCAUGGCAAACAAGUGCAUUGCCUCGUGAUCAAAGAAGGCCUUGAUUCAGAUCCUUUUAUAUCGGUCACGUUGGUGACAAUGUACUCAAAAUGUGGUAGCUUGGAGGACUUUGUUAAUUUGUAUCCUGAUAUUUUGAUCCAUGACCAAGUUUCUUGCAAUUCAAUAAUAGCAGGAUUUUCCCACCUGGGGAAUGACACUGAAGUGCUGAGGAGGUUCUUGCACAUGCGAAGAGAGUCCAUGGAAGUGGACUUCUUCACAUUCGCAAGCGUGCUCAGAGCUAUCGGGGUCUUUUCAUCUCUCCAAGAUGGCAAGCAAACUCAUGCUCUAAUUCUAAAAUCUGGACACAUGUCAAAUGUUUGCGUCCAAAAUGGGCUUGUUUCAAUGUAUGCAAGGUGUGGCGUGAUCGAUGACUCUGAGAAAGUUUUCUCUUCAAUGGAAGAGCCAAAUAUCGUAUCGUGGAAUUCUCUUCUGUCUGGAUGCGCUCAGCACGGGUAUUGCAUAGAGGCAUUACGAUUGUUUGAACAGAUGAGAACGAUUAGAAUCAAACCCAAUAGUACCACUUUUCUAUCGGUUCUCUCUGCCUGCAGCCAUGCUGGGCUUGUAGACAAAGGGCUCGAAUAUUUCAACUUGAUGAGGCAAUGUGACUCUUCAAUAGUGGCAAGACUUGAGCAUUACACUUGUAUGGUCGACCUCCUGGGUAGAGCAGGUUAUCUGGAUGAAGCUGAGGCUUUUAUAAACACAAUUCCCAUGAAGCCAGAUUUGAAGGUGUAUAGAGCUCUGUUGAGUGCUUGUAAAGUUCAUGGAAAUUUGGAGAUGGCAAAGAGAGCGGCGAGGCGUGCAUUUGAGAUUUGCCCGAGUGAUCCCUCGGCGUUUGUGUUGCUAUCGAGUGUGUUAGCAGGGGAUGAGUGCUGGGAGAGUGCGUGUGGAUUGCGAGGUUUGAUGGCAGGAAAAGGAGUGAAGAAGGAGCCAGCAUGGAGUUUGGUUGAUGAAAGGGUUUCUGUUAUGUAAAUGCCAAAGAAGUGCUUUUUGAAGAGGAAAUGAAAGAAAGAUUUUGAUGGUACAAUUUUCAUAUUUUGUCAUCAUUCUGCAUGGAUAGAUCUUGGAUUGAUAGACCAGUUAAAAGUAAAGAAUUCGUGGAUGGUUUUGCUCGUUUCUUGGACUUAGCUUUUGAAAAAUCAACAUGGGAGGAAAAAAUUUGUUGUCCAUGCAAGGGUUGCUGUAAUCGGAAUUAUAAAGAUAAGAAGAAUGUGAUACAAGAUGUUUUCAAGAAGGGUUUCUUGCAGGUUUAUGGGCGAUGGGUGUUCCAUGGGGAACACAUGAUAGAAGAUCAUAAUGAUAUUCCUUAUUCUUCAGAUAUGAAUUGUGGAGAGGCCAAAUAUCAAGAAAGACUAGCUCAGUCAUAGAGAGGUGGGAUCAGGUACUUGGGAAGUAGUAACUCAAGUACUCAUUAGGGCAAAAACAUGGUAGAAUUCAAAUUUUUGACAUAACAACUAUUCUUUUGUGCAGCUAAAAUCUUCUAAGGGUAAGGAUGCAGAGGUAUUUUCCUAUUAUGCAAAUCCCAAUACAUUUAUACUUAAAUUUAGAUGUAUGCCAUAGAAUCUGAAAUAAGUGAAAACAUAUUAUAUGUUCAUCUAUCUAGCUACCAUGUUAUAUUACCACAUGCUGAUGCUUAGCAACUCUUACAGGAUAUGGAUAAAAUACAAGAAAAAAUCGGGACUCGAACCUUAUCAGAGGACACUCUUGAAGUGGAAACCCUCGUGGACUUUGAGUUUAGAGGAGAAGACAGUAUUGGACAUAGCAGGGGCCAUGGGUUUGGAUGCCCACCUUCAAAAUUGAAAGGAGUAAGAGGAAAAUUGCAAAAAAAGGUCGUGGUUGGUCUCAAUCUGUUGACGUGUCAAAUGACUUAAUGAAGAUGCAAGAUACAAUUUUACAAAUGAAUAACAAUUAUCAACAACAAAUGGCGUAAAUGCAAGCUGUUCAUCAACAACAAAUGGCCCAAGUGCAAGUUGGGUGUCAACAAGAAAUGAGACAAAUGAAAUCACAAAUGAAGCAAAUGCAAAAUCAAAUGGAGUUUUGGACAAGAAUAUGGACUAAUAAGGUUGAGAACUCCAAUAUUAGUAACAAUGAUAUUUUUGGAAAUAAACAGGUUCCGAGCAUCUCUAGUGGACAUGGAGAUUAUCAACCCGAUUUUGGGCACUGACAUCUACAAGCUGGAAAAGCUAGCAGGGCAUUUUUCACCUCAAGAUAUGGGCACAUAUGUGAUUGUUUUGUGACAAGUUACUAAUGGUAGAAAAGUUAAAGAGAAGGUAGCACAGGGAGGAGCAAAGAGCUCACGUGAGGGAUGAGAGCAAAAAAUGUGAUGAGUUGUUCAAUGAAUUCUAUAAGGCUACGUUUGGGAACUUGGAUUUGGGCCUGGAUUUGAAAUCCAGGGCAGCCCAAAUCCAAAUAUCUUGUUUGGAUUUCAAAUUUGGUUUAGAUUUUAAAUCAGAUGAUUUUGUAGAGGUAGAUUUUGAAGCGCAAUAUUAUGGAUUUGAAAUCCCACCCUGACCCUCGUGAUUCAUCAAAUCCAAUCCCCUUUAUCUCAUCGAUCUCUGUCUCCUAAAAAUCCCGAUUCUCUCUCUCUCUCUCUCAUAACCCUAGACUAAGUCGAUCGCCACCUCCAGCCAACGCCUGGCCUCCGACUCCGAUCCCUCUUCUCCGGCGACCUAGCCUCCCUCUUUCCUUUGUCUCCAGCCGUUCUCCACCCCGAACCAUCGCCUAGAACUUUCCGCAAAAAUCCCUAACCUGAGAGGUUUCCCCUUCACUGAGAUCUUCAUCUCUAGCGAUCCGACGGCGACGGAGGCAGAGAUUCAAGCAGAGAGUUCUGUAAGCAUCACUUUGCCUACUCUCAAGAUUAAUUUCCCCUCUCUCACCUCUUUUUGAUCUUUCAUCAACCUUCAGUUACAACUACGAUGAAUUCACUUCGAAGAAUUGACCCAAAAUUUUUGGAAACGCGCCCCAAUUUAUGGUGCAGAUUUGGCAGUUCUGCUCGCUAUGAGGGGUUCAAUUACUAGGGAUUGGCUUGCGAAGCUGUGGACUGAAGAAAGGAAGAAGCUUUCCAUGACAGAGAAGAGGAGAGAGAGGAUUGUUAAGCAACCUCCAGAUAGUCAAAAUCUUGGCGGGUUAUUAUCCCCUAAUUCACGUGAGGAGGCGUGGAAGAAGAUUACAAGCGAUUUCGUUUGUUGUAUAGAAGCGUGAGACUGUGAUUCAAGGGUCAUCCUCAUUUUUUCCUUCUUCAGAAAUUUCUUGUAUUCUUUUUUCUUUUUUGGGCACUCCUUUAAUUUCUAUAGAAAUUCAAGCUUGGUAUAUCAAAGACCAAAUUGACUAUGUAAUUAUCAACUGUACCUGCUCUGUUUAUAUAGGAUGAUGUUUGAGCAUGGCUUAUGGGUUGAAAUCAAGAUGUAGAUAGCUACAUUUUUAAUGCACAACAUGUGGAAUUAUUACUUAUUUGCUCUGAUA